AUGGAGAGCCUUGAUGAGGUGUCCCGCCCGCGAGAGGCCGCGGAAGAGAGAGGUGUCUCGGUCGACAAUUAUCCCUCCAGGGCACCGUCGGUGGCCGAGACUGGCUCGCCAACCUCGAUCCCAGAACUCAGCGCUGGAAACAAGGGCGGCUCAUUUACGUCCAACUCUAGCUCGAAACUAUUAGACGACCCUGCCGAUUCGACUCCCCGACUAUCCACCGAUCAAGACGACGUCUCGAUACCCCAGCGGAUCCUGUCGCCCUUCGCUCCUGUCGCCUACAACCCACCGUCCGUCGGUUCAAUGGGUGAUGAUGUUGGUGAGGAGGAAGAUGAGGAGCCCCACGUUGCAACUUCCUUCGAGCGCGAUUCCACACCUGCCUCCGCCCAAAAGCGUCGGUCGAUGUAUUUCGACACCGGUGAAGAUGAGUUCAAUCGCAUGCAUAAGUUUUCGCUUUACGAGACUGCGACCCGGUUUUACAUGGUUGGCAUGAAUCUGUUAGAUACCCGGUUUAGAAUACUGAAGAUCGAUCGGACUUCCGAGACGGACCUGAGCGUUGCCGAAGACGACAUCGUGUACACGAAGAGGGAAAUGAGUCAAUUGUUGGAUGCCAUUGAUGAUGGUAAUAAGAUAUCCGGAGGACUGAAGCUCAGAUGCAGUGCAUGGGCAUUGUUGGGUUUCAUCAGACUGACUGGGGCAUACUACAUGCUGCUUGUUACCAAACGCAGCCAGGUGGCCAUGCUUGGUGGUCAUUAUGUCUACAAGGUCGAUGGGACUGAGCUGAUCUCCUUGACUCCAUCCAGCUCGUCUCGACUGAAGCCCGAGAAGAAUCCGGAGGAGGCGAGGUAUAUUGCCAUUCUCAACAAUCUCGAUCUCACUCGGUCUUUCUAUUUCAGUUACUCCUACGACAUCACACAAACAUUGCAGCGGAACAUAUGUCGCGAACGCAAAGCUCACCAGGAUGGACUCCCGAAGCCGUACCAUCAAGACUUCAAUACGAUGUUCAUUUGGAACCACCACCUUCUGAGUCCGGCUAUUUCGGUCUUGAAGAACCCUUAUCAAUGGUGUUUGCCUAUCAUUCAUGGAUAUGUCGAGCAAGCGAAAGUGAAUAUCUAUGGUCGGCUGGUCUACAUCACUCUCAUCGCCCGCCGUUCUCGUUUCUUUGCCGGCGCUCGGUUCCUGAAGAGAGGUGCCAACGAUCUGGGAUACGUCGCCAAUGACGUUGAGACUGAACAGAUUGUAUCGGAAAUGUCAGCUACUUCGUUUCACGCCCCUGGCCCACAUCUCUACGCCAAUCCCCUGUACACUUCUUAUGUCCAACACCGAGGCAGUAUCCCUCUCUAUUGGACACAGGAAAGCUCCGGGGUUUCCCCGAAGCCAGACAUCGAACUCAACCUGGUUGACCCGUUUUACUCCGCGGCUGCCCUCCACUUCGACAAUUUGUUCGAGAGAUACGGAGCUCCAGUUUACGUCUUAAAUCUGAUAAAGUCUAGAGAACGAACACCACGAGAGUCAAAACUACUCAAAGAGUAUACAAACGCGAUUAAUUACCUGAAUCAAUUCUUACCCGAAGAUAAGAAGAUCAUCUACAAGCCUUGGGACAUGAGUCGUGCAGCCAAGAGUCGGGAUCAAGAUGUGAUUGGGACACUGGAGCAAAUUGCGGGAGAAAUAAUCCCACAGACGGGUUUCUUCAAAAAUGGCUACGAUGCCGAGUCCGGUCUCCAGGUGCAAAAUGGCAUCGCGCGGACGAAUUGCAUCGACUGUCUGGAUCGCACAAAUGCUGCGCAGUUUGUGAUUGGAAAACGGGCACUGGGACACCAGCUUCAUGCUCUUGGCAUCAUUGAUGGCACGACUGUGGAGUAUGACACCGAUACUGUCAACAUUUUUACGGAUUUGUGGCAUGACCACGGUGACAACAUUGCCGUACAAUACGGAGGGUCUCACCUGGUGAACACAAUGGCUACUUAUCGAAAGAUCAACCAAUGGAGCAGUCAUUCUCGAGAUAUGGUGGAAAGCUUCAAGAGAUAUUACAACAACUCAUUCCUUGAUGCUCAGCGUCAAGAGGCGUACAAUCUCUUCCUUGGCAACUAUAUAUUCUCACAAGGACAGCCCAUGCUCUGGGACUUGUCCACCGAUUACUAUCUGCACCACGCCGAUCCCAGGUCCUGGUCGAACAAGCGGAAGCCUAACUACAUCCAAUGGUAUACGCCGGAAAACCUGAAGCCGAAGGAGAUCCCACCUCCUCCUCUACCGCCUAAGGAACCUCUCUCACGCUAUGAUGAUUAUUGGCUGGAGUACUAUAGGCCCUUGGCUCUUUCGACCUUCUCUAAGGUCUUCACAUUAAAGAACCCUCUGACAACAAUCCGCUACCUCUCGCUUCGACCUGCUUCUGCCCUUCCAAGUGAUCUUAGUCCGUUUGUCACCAGAAUUACGCAUGACCACAUGAACAGGGAUCGUCCCCAGCGCACCGUGAAGAUCCAAGAACCAGAUAAUACGUCAAACGAUCUUUCUGAGAGGUCGCGCAUCGAAGCUGGUCAACUACAAAGCAAGCAAUAUCCAUCAGCUGGUAUCAUGAAGGAGCCAACCGCUAAAUUCCCUCAUCACAACAGUUCCUUCCAGUCUUUCCCGCAGCCCUCGGAUUCCUCCACGCCUAGCAAAGCCCAGAUCGCCCAGUGGACGUUGGGUCAACUAGUGACUGAUUCCUUGAACCCAUCAGUCACAGCUGCGGAGGCUGAGGAGUACGAACAUUACAUCAAUCAUCCCCUCAAGGUACCCCUGGUUGUUACAUCAGAGAACGAGAUCACCACCGCCUCAAUUCGCGAGCAUGACUCCAAUCUCGACCUCCUCGAAUAUGCCAACAAAGUCAAUGUUGAGGAAUCCACGCUUCAGACCCGAGCCAUGGAAAACUACGCCGACUACGCCGAAUUUCUGAACGUCUCCGAGAGCGGCCUGACGGUGGUAGCGGAGGACUAUGAGAAGAAGCGCUAUAAACGGUAUCGACAGUGGCUGAGAGGCAAGAGCUUGUUCAAGCAGCGUGUCGAUACAUAA